GAGAGUCGAGCUGAACGCAAGAGCAGAGAGCCAAACUGAGCAGGCGCGGCGCACGAGCGUCUCGUGAAGUCAACUUGACCGUCUGUGCGCCGAACCGAACUGGAAAACAGAACGGAUUCUCAGCUGUGAGAAUCCCGCUUUACCGUGGGAAGAGAUGAUCCUGUCUUCGGAACUGACAUAACGGUUAAAGGGUGACUCAGUGAACAUGGCCCCAAAUUCCAUCCACUGGUUCCGGAAGGGCCUCCGUCUCCAUGACAACCCUGCACUUCAGGAGGCAGUACGUGGGGCAGACACUGUUCGAUGUGUCUACUUUCUGGAUCCCUGGUUCGCUGGGUCCUCAAACCUUGGGGUCCACAGGUGGAGAAUUAUAUUUUUAAUGCAGUUAAUGGAUGAUCUUGAUUCCAAUCUAAGAAAACUCAAUUCCCGCCUUUUUGUCAUCCGAGGACAACCAGCCAAUGUUUUUCCACGCCUUUUCAAGGAAUGGAAAAUAUCCAGGUUGACCUUUGAGUAUGAUUCAGAACCGUUUGGAAAGGAGAGGGAUGCAGCUAUUAAAAAGCUUGCGAUGGAGGCUGGGGUUGAAGUCAUAGUCAAGAUUUCACACACCCUAUACAACCUUGAUAAGAUCAUUGAACUAAAUGGUGGUCAGCCUCCCCUCACUUACAAACGUUUCCAGACUCUGAUCAGCCGAAUGGACCCGCCAGAGAUGCCAGUGGAAACCCUCUCCAACACUAUUAUGGGCUGCUGUGUCACACCUGUCUCUGAAGACCAUGGGGACAAAUAUGGUGUGCCAUCGCUGGAAGAACUAGGAUUUGACAUCGAGGGACUGCCUUCUGCUGUCUGGCCAGGAGGUGAAACAGAGGCAUUAACAAGGAUUGAAAGGCAUCUGGAGCGAAAGGCUUGGGUUGCAAAUUUUGAAAGACCCAGAAUGAAUGCCAAUUCUCUGCUAGCCAGUCCGACUGGCCUGAGUCCCUACCUCCGUUUUGGCUGCCUCUCCUGCCGCCUCUUCUAUUUUAAACUCACAGACCUCUACAGGAAGGUAAAGAAAAACAACACUCCUCCGCUCUCCCUGUAUGGUCAACUUCUGUGGAGGGAAUUUUUCUACACUGCUGCCACCACCAACCCCCGAUUUGAUAAGAUGGAAGGGAACCCAAUCUGUGUGCGCAUUCCCUGGGACAAGAACCCAGAGGCUUUGGCCAAAUGGGCUGAAGCUAAGACAGGUUUUCCAUGGAUUGAUGCCAUUAUGACCCAGCUGAGGCAGGAGGGCUGGAUCCACCACCUGGCCCGUCAUGCUGUCGCUUGUUUUCUCACUCGUGGAGACCUGUGGAUCAGUUGGGAAGAGGGCAUGAAGGUGUUCGAGGAGCUCCUAUUGGAUGCUGACUGGAGUGUAAAUGCAGGCAGCUGGAUGUGGCUCUCCUGUAGCUCUUUCUUUCAACAGUUCUUUCAUUGCUACUGUCCAGUGGGUUUCGGCAGGCGGACCGACCCUAACGGCGAUUUCAUUAGACGAUAUUUACCUAUUCUCCGAGGUUUCCCUGCGAAAUAUAUCUACGACCCAUGGAACGCCCCAGACUCUGUGCAGGCCGCUGCCAAGUGCAUCAUCGGUGUCCACUACCCCAAACCCAUGGUGAACCACGCUGAAGCGAGCCGCCUAAACAUUGAGAGGAUGAAGCAGAUCUACCAACAGCUUUCACGCUACAGAGGACUUGGACUUCUGGCCUCUGUACCAUCCACACAUAACGGGACUGGGAAUGGGAUUCUAUUUUACCAGGACUUCCAGACAAAACAGCCGUUUCUGGGUAAACCAAUACACCAACUGUUGUCUUGGCAUCUUUUUUUUGACAUCCUGUGUUUUGACAUCCUGAAAGCACCAGCUGUAUCAGGUGGUUGCAGUGGUAAAAGGAGUGGAAGUAUUCUGCUGAAAUUUGACAGGGAAGAGCAUCAGGGAAGAAGUUUUUUUUUCCCUCUUGCUUGUUUUCCAGGAUACCACCACAUGCCCGACACAGGGCACAGCAGUGGACUUUACAGAUGUAAUGUCUCACACGACAUGGCAGAAGGUUAUGUGUUGUGUUCAGGAGGAAGUUUUAUGGGUUAGGGGGGGAGUGUUUCGGGUAGGGGUCUUGACGGUGAAGAUGACACUCUCUCCACCUCUCACAAGUUACAACGGCAAAUUGCAGAGGUCACGUCGGUUCAUGCUACCAGUGGGAACCAGUCGAGUAUGAAGAGUUAGCUGGACAUAUCAUCAAACUGAGCAGAGCAGAUUCAAACAAAACAAGACCCAGUCUGAAGAGGACUGACUUUAAAUCUGGUUUCCUAUAAACAAGUCAUGUUUGGGGAUUUAUUUUAUUUUUAGAAUAAAAAUAUUUUGUUCUCCA